GGAAGCCGAGGGUUCCAGCCGGGCCUGCACUUCCUCACGUGGAUCCCAGGCAGCGCGCUCCUAGUACCGACCUUGGGCGCGGGUCUGUGGGCCGCUGCAGUGGUACCCCGCCCCCCGCCCCGCCGCUCCGGCCAGGUAUGAAUCGCUACAUUCUGCCGCUGUCCGUCCUGGGCACAGCGGUGGGUGGCGCCGUGCUGCUCAAGGACUUUGUCACCGGCGGGGCUUGUCCCAGCAAGACCACCAUUCCCGGGAAGACCGUCAUUGUGACCGGCGCCAACACGGGCAUCGGGAAACAGACCGCCUUGGAGCUGGCCAAAAGAGGAGGUACCAUCAUUCUGGCCUGUCGAGACUUGGAGAAGUGUGAGGCGGCAGCCAAGGAGAUUCGAGGGGAGACCCUUAAUCACCGCGUCCACGCCCGGCACCUGGACUUGGCCUCCUUUAAGUCCAUCCGCGAGUUCGCAGCGAAGAUCAUCGAAGAGGAGGAGCGAGUGCACACCCUGAUCAAUAACGCAGCCGUGAUGCGGUGCCCCCACUGGACCACCGAGGAUGGCUUUGAGAUGCAGCUUGGCGUUAACUACCUGGGUGAGGCUGCAGGCUGUGUGGCAUCAGCCUGGGACGUGAGCAGGAGCCCCCAUGGGCCAGACACAGGCUCCGGGAGGGGUCUUCCUCUCUCCGUCGUGGCCAGGCGGCCGUGGGUAGGGUCACCUGGCAGCUCACGGAAUCGCCUGUUCAUCGCUGGACCCUCAGUCCUUUGGACCUUCCAUCAGCCCCUUGGCCAUUUGUCCCUUUGUCUGCCUGUCCCCCAGUCUCUGUCUGCCCUUCUCUCACUGUGUCAGUUUAUCUUUUGUCACCGUGAAUGCAUCUGCAGUCCGUUAGUAAGGGUGAUGGAUGUUGGGUGGACACCAAUCCUAUAGGAUUAAGGCCCACCCUAAUGGCCUCACCCUAAUAGCCUCAUUUUACCUUGAUCACCUCUCUAAAGACCCUCUCUCCAAAUAAGGUCACAUGCUGAGUUCCUGGAGGGUAGGGCAUAUUCUUUUAGGGGGGUUGGGGAGGGUGACACAAUUCACCCAUAAUA